CGCACCGUCGGCAUGCCGGCGCAGGUUUCGGGAAGCCUUCUUUUCGGAGAGGGCGAGCCCCGUUGCUUAAAAACGUCACAAAUCCAAGUGGUUUUAAAAAUAGGGCCUUAAAACUUUAGUUUCUCUAUCCCUGCAGAACGCACGUUUAGAUACAACUAUGCGAUCAAUCGUAUCUCAUUUGAAAUCUGUACCGACAGCACAAUUGCGUGUGUCCACCAAGUAUACGCCAACGUCAGCAAGAGCCUUACUUCGUACUCAGGAAACCUCGCGCGCGUUCACCACACGAUCGUUGCCUCGACCUUCUUCGUCAUUGCUGACUCAAUCGCGUCUUCUUAAAGGACGUGUCAAUAUCAAUGAAUUGCAUACUUCCCGCGUCACUCAAGCCACGAUCCCAAAAUUCACAAAUCGUCUUAGUAAUGAAAAAAGUCCAUAUCUUUUGCAACAUGCCCACAACCCUGUUGAUUGGUAUCCCUGGGGCAAGGAAGCAUUCGAUAAGGCUGUCAAGGAGAAUAAGCCUAUCUUCUUAAGUAUCGGUUAUAGUACUUGCCAUUGGUGUCAUGUUAUGGAGCACGAAUCGUUUGAAAAUGAAGAGACUGCAAAAUUCAUGAACGAGCACUUUGUAAACAUCAAAGUCGACAGAGAAGAAAAUCCAGCUGUCGACAAGCUCUACAUGACGUAUAUUCAAUUGAUCUCUGGACGAGGUGGCUGGCCAAUGUCUGUCUUCCUUACACCCGAACUAUCGCCUUUCUUUGGUGGCACUUAUUUCCCUCCAGGGGACCAAUACGGCACACCAGGUUUCCGCAACCUACUAGCUCGCGUUGCUGAAAUAUGGGAAGCUGCUGACGACAAGGUGAGAGAAGAUGCCUCCGGAACAAUCGCCCAACUUCGAGCCUACGUCAACUCAAAGCCUGCUGGUACGGAAGAUGCUGCAAGCCAGCUCCAUCCAGAGAACUUGGUAUCAGCGGCAUUCAAUCACUUUGAUGACAAUUUUGAUACCGCGAAUGGUGGUUUUACUGGUGCUCCCAAAUUUCCCACACCAGUCCAGUUGCAGUUCUUGUUUGAGUACUUUGCUUACUUGCGCAAAGACAAAAGCACUGAACAUAAUGCGCAAAAGGCGCUUGAAAUGGCUUUGUUCACGCUCAAGAAAAUUUCAAUGGGCGGUAUACGCGACCAUAUCGGCAGCGGAUUUCAUAGAUACAGCACAGACAAGUACUGGCACGUACCCCAUUUUGAAAAGAUGCUUUACGACCAGGCCCAGUUGCUCUCUGCCUACACUUCCGCAUACCUGAUCACUAGAGACCAAGGUUUUGCAGAUGUAGCCAAGGAUAUUGUGCACUAUAUUGCCCGUGAUCUCCAGCAUCCUCAAGGCGGUUUCUACUCUGCUGAAGAUGCAGACUCGUUCCCAACAGAUCAAUCUAAAAAGAAGCUUGAAGGAGCCUUCUAUGUUUGGGAGAUGCCACUGCUGGAAGAAAUUCUCGGGUCCAAAGCAGCCAAAGUAUUUAACAAAUACUACGGUGUUAACAAGGAUGGUAAUGUCAACCCUGCUCAAGAUCCGCAUAAUGAGCUUGUUAACCAGAACGUGCUUGCAGAGCAAGAAUCAGUGGAUAAUGUCGCCAAAGAGUUUGGCAUGUCCUCGCAAGAUGUGGGUUCCAUUCUCAACGAGUCCAAGGAAAAAUUGCUAAAGUACAGAGAGGAGCAGAGACCGAAACCUCACUGUGAUGACAAGAUCCUCACCUCUUGGAAUGGACUGAUGAUUUCUGGUCUUGCACAAGCAGCCAAUGCUUUCCAAGACAAAGAGAUUUUGAAACUGGCUACCAAUGCCGCCGACUUUAUCCAACGAGAACUCUACAAACAACAGACUGAUACCUUGUUACGCAGCUAUAGAGCUGGCCCCUCUGAUAUUGAAGGUUUCCUCGACGACUAUAGCUAUAUGGUUCAAGGUUUGUUGGAUCUAUACGAAGCGACUUACGACGAAAAGUGGAUUCAAUGGGCUUAUGAUCUCCAACAAAAGCAAAAUGAAUUGUUUUACGAUUCCGAUAAGGGUGGUUACUUUAACGUACAAGCAAGUGACAAGAGCAUUCUUGUGCGCCUUAAGGAUGAACAAGACGGUGCCGAACCUUCAGCCAAUGCUAUUUCCUUGAGAAACCUCGUUAGACUCGGUACUAUCUUAGAGCAAGAAGAUUACGUGGUCAAGGCGAGAAAUACCAUUGGAUCUUUCAGCACUAGCAUUUCCCAAUACCCUUUUGCUAUGCCUGCACUUUUGGGAUCAUUCCUUUUGAUGGUGAACGGUGUAAAGCAGGUAAUUAGGAAAAGAAGCUAGUUCUUGUUCACCGUUACUGAACCUAUCAUACUAGAUUGUGCUGACUGGCACGGAUGAGAGCCAGUUAAAACCAUUCAAGGAGACCAUUUCUCAAGCAUUCGUUCCAAACAAGGUUUCAAUCCAGGCUAAAAAGGGUGGUCUUAUUGAGCAAAAGAAUCCAAUUGUAGCGCAGCUAGCAGAUGAUAGUAAGGCAGCAGCCUAUGUUUGCGAAAACUUUACUUGCGGAUUGCCUGUUGAAGAUGCGAAAACACUUCAAGCCAAGAUUGGAAAUUAAAAGAAAAUUAUA